AAUGCGUAUUGAGUGGAAUGGAUUGCGCAUAGAACAGAAGCCAGCAGAAAUAGAAGAGAAACAUCAUCAAGCGUCAUUGCACCGGCGCGGCGGCGCACUUCGUCGUUAUUUCGUCUCGUGAAAAAGGAACACUAACCGCGCUGUAUCGAUUAUCCUCGUUUACUUCGUGUGACAAGUUUCCUUUAAAAACAAACACACAAUAAGCGAGUAAGAGCAAGAAUUAGAAAGAGCCUCAACGCAUGAAACAAUAUCGGCGUCUGUCAGAAUUUCAUGAGUCUCCGUUCUUCUCGCUUGUGAAAAAAUGGCAUUCCGCGCGCAUAUGUAUAGAAGAUCAUCUUUUUGUGAAAUUUAUUGUAUAUCAAAGAGUUGAUCAGCAAGUGAGAGCUACAAUAUGGACUCGGCAACCGAGCUGGAACAUAUAGAGAAGCUAGCAAAAGAAGCAGAAUGCUUAAAAAAACGCUUGGAGGAUGAACGACAAAAAUUAAACGAUAUUACACUUGCCAGUGUAGCAGAUAGACUUGAAGCAAUUAAUUGUAUAAAUGUAAAACCUAGACGUAUCUUAAAAGGGCAUCAAGCCAAAGUUUUAUGUUCUGAUUGGUCUCCUGAUAAGCGUCAUAUUGUUUCUUCUUCACAGGAUGGAAGAAUGAUUAUAUGGGAUGCUUUUACAACAAAUAAAGAACAUGCUGUCAGUAUGCCAACCAGAUGGGUGAUGGCAUGUGCUUAUGGUCCUAGUGGUGAUUUAGUUGCAUGCGCAGGUCUGGAUAAUAAAGUUACAGUGUAUCAGUUAAGUCUGGAAGAUGAUGUUUCGGCUCACAAGAAGACUGUUGGUACACAUACAUCAUAUAUGUCAUGUUGCGCAUUUCCUAACAGUGAUCAGCAGAUCUUAACAGGUAGCGGAGAUAGCACAUGCGGUUUGUGGGACGUAGAGAGUGGGCAAUUGUUACAGAGUUUUCAAGGACACUCCAGCGAUGUUAUGUCUAUUGAUUUAGCACCAAGCGAAACUGGGAACACGUUUGUGUCUGGUGGUUGUGACAAACUUGUUUUAAUUUGGGAUAUGCGUAGUGGCCAGUGUGUGCAAAGUUUUGAAGGACAUCAAUCCGACGUUAAUUCAGUAAGAUUUCAUCCAGGCGGCGAUGCAGUGGCAACAGGUUCAGACGAUGCUACUUGUCGCUUGUUCGAUCUACGUGCUGAUAGAGAAGUUGCGGUGUAUGCAAAAGAAAGUAUAAUAUUCGGAGCAAAUGCAGUUGAUCUCAGUAUAAGUGGACGCUUACUCUUCGCCGGAUACAAUGAUUACACAGUGAAUGUAUGGGAUACUUUAAAGUGUCAACGAGUGGCGCUGUUAUAUGGACAUGAAAAUCGAGUUUCAUGUCUAAGAGUUUCUCCAGAUGGUACUGCCCUAUCUACUGGAAGCUGGGACGCAACUUUACGAGUUUGGGCUUAGUUUCAUGACAACUACUAUUUUAAACAUGUUGAGAUAUUCUUGUUAGACAUCACAUAUUAUAUUUAUUGUUUUAUUCUAUUUAUUUAGAAACUUGUCUUCUGUAUGUUAUUCAUGUUUUUAUAAUAUCAAAUAUGUAUGAUGCAUUAACUGUGCAUUCAAUAGCUAGCAUGCUUGACUAUUCAAAAUACGAUCCAUAAUAUAUAAUAUAUGAUGUGAUAUAACAUCGAUCAAAUUACAUGCGCGCACGCACGUACGUACCCACACACACAUGCGCACGCACGCCCCCCCCCCCCCACACAACACACACACUUAUAUAUUAGGCUGGUCCUAAUUUACAGAUAAAUUUUAGUG